AUGCUUAUCUCUCCACAAUCAACUCGACCUUCAUUGAGGUCAAAACAAGAUCAAACAACAAAUACUUGUAGAAGAUCAUAUCAAUUAAAUCAAAACAUACCAAGAUCAAUUUCGAUUAAAAAACAAAUCACAGAAAGAAAUCAAUUACCGUUUAUCUUAGUAACCGGUGCAACAGGUUAUAUUGGAUCACAUGUAAUACUUGAACUUUUACGUACUAAAAAAUAUCAAAUCAUUGCAAUUGAUAAUUUAUCAAAUUCUUCUUUAUCUUCAAUUUUAAAAAUUAAAUCUUUAUGUAAAGAAGAAUCUAAUUUAUUAAGAUUUCAUCAAAUUGAUUUAAGAGAUCAAACUUCAUUAUUAAAUUUAUUUAAAUUUUAUAGAAAGAAAUCAAUUCCUACCCAGACCCAUGAUCAUCAUCAUCAUUAUUUAAAUUCUAAUCAAAAUGUUAUACAUCAAAGUUUAAUUCAACAUGUUAUACAUUUCGCUGCAUUAAAAUCAGUUUCAACUUCACAUUUAGAACCUGAAAAUUAUUAUCAAACUAAUGUGAUCGGAACAGAAACAUUAAUCAAGAUCAUGAAAUCAGAAUCCAUUCAAUCUUUAAUCUUUUCAUCUUCUGCUGUUGUUUAUGGUAAAAGAUUAAAUCAUCAAGUUUUGAAAGAAUCUGAUUGUUUGAUUGAUCCAAUCAAAGGUGCAAAUGAAGAAAACCAUCAAAGGGUGAUGUCGCCUUAUGGUUAUAGUAAAUUAAGGUGUGAAGAAAUCGUUCAUUCGGCUACUCUUGAUGGGAAAUUAAAAGCUGUUAUUUUGAGAUACUCAAAUCCGAGUGGAAAUGAUCCAAGUGGAUUAAUUGGAGAUUCACCAAAACAACCUGAAAACUUAAUCCCGAUUGUUUGUGAAGUCUUAACAGGCAAAAGAGAUCACCUUUGUAUUUAUGGUGAUAAAUUUAAUACACAAGAUGGUACAGGUGUUAGAGAUUUUAUACAUGUUCAAGAUCUCGCUAAAGGUCAUUUAGCUGCACUUCAUUCACUUGAACAACAAAACCAACAUAAGUUCAAAGAAGAUUGUAGAACAUACAAUUUAAGCACAGGUAAAGGAACAAGUGUCAAAGAAGUUAUCAAUUGUUUAGAAAUCAUUUCAGGAUUUAAGAUUAAAACGAUUAUUAAACCACCUAGAUUAGGUGAUUUAGAUAAAGUGAUUUGUGAUUCGAAUAAAGCGUUUCGAGAAUUGAAUUGGAAAUCAGAAAAAACUAUUUUUGAUAUGGCUAGAGAUAUGUGGACUUUUUGUUUGAAAAAUCCCAAUGGAUUAAAUUGACUCAUCUUUAAAUUUUAAUUCAUUUUUUCAUCUUGAUUUUCAAAAACAUUCAAAUCACCACAUAAAUAUACUAUGUAUAUGAUUGAAGAAUUCAGUGUUUUUCUUUUUCGUAUCUUCUCGCUUUUUUGAUACAAGCUUUAAGUUUUAUCUAUGAUUGAAUUGUUUUUUUGAUUCGGUUUUCGGUUUGUUUCGAGCUUCUAUCAAUUUGUUUUAUUCUUUAUCAUCUGUAAAAGUAAGACUCUUUUGAUCUUCGAUUUUUUUUGUAAGAUUGGUUUUCUAUUUUUCUUUUAAAGAUCUGUACUUUUGCUUAACUUUCUCUUUGACAACAAAACCAAAAACCAAAACCUGAUUUUUUGACCGUCAAAUAACUUAUCUCAUUAAUUUUGACUU